AUGAUACCAACACACGCCAUCAAGCUCGUUCCAAUACUGGCGUCCGCCGCCUAUGGCCUGCAGUUUACAGGGCCAGACACCAACACGGACCUCAAUCUAUCAGCGCCCAUCACUGUCUCAUGGGAGCACAACGUUGCCGAAGCCGAUGCCAGCUGGACCGUCUUCGACCUCUCCUGGCACGGGGAUUUCGUCCGCAGCAGCUCCUUUUCGUACAUGCUCCAGGAGAACAUCACCGUCUCGACCGGUGGACAGUACGAAUGGGAUCCAGCCCCGAUUCGAGAGCUGUUAGUUGCAGGGACCGGCAAGCUCUCGUCUGACAAAGCGUUCUACUUCGAGGCCAAGCUUCACUCGCCGGAUGCACCUGGGCGUGGUUCUGUUGUCCAGAGUGCCAAGUACGCGGUUGAAGACGGGGAUUUGGUGGAGAGUCCCGGGAACGCCGUAAGCCCAUCGCAGGGCUUCAUCCUCCUCUCUCUUGUUGCGUCCAUCGUUUUGUUUUAG